AUGAUCCUGGAAUCAAACACACUGGUUGUUCCCCAUCGAUCAAUGAAUCGGGCCUGCAGUUCUAGUUUGACUCCCUAUCUCUGCAUCAUCAUCGUCAUCGUUAGCAAGACAUCAGUGUUCAACACCGAUGCUUCACUGCCGUACAACCAUGAUUUAUUUGAAAGCCUUAUCGUAAAGAAAAAGGUAGAGGUGGACGGGGAAGGGACUUAG